AUGUCAAGAACGAAUACCUUCUACAGCCUCGGCGUAAUGCCUGCAUUGAUGGGGCUGGGGCAUCUGGCUCCAGCGAUAGGUGCUAUACAAACUGCAACCGGCUCGUAUCACUUUCCAGCGAGGCUACUCGGGCUCAUUGGUACCAUAUCAGCUGUUGUCGACUCCAUGGACACAUACAAGGAUCUCUCGUCAUCAAACCGACCUGCCAAGUGGAUAUGGAACCUUUGGGUAUAUGGUCUCUGGACCAUCGUCCUAGCCUGUACUGCAACAUUGGAUCUUCAUACUAUACAUGAUAUAUAUCGUGUCCUACCUCUUGGCUUGGCUUGGGGGAUCCCUUGCGUACCACUGUACUCGAUCUCGAAGGGGUGGAUUCUAAGCAAACCCAAGACUCUGCUCUUUGAGGCAAAGUCUUUGGUCGUUGCCUUCUGUAUGGCAACUGUUUGUGCCGAAGCCAGUAUGGCCUACUGCUGUCGACAAGAUGAGUUCCAAUGUGCGGACAGAGAUUUAAGGGCAAGAAGCUUUUAUCUCGCCGUCUUGUAUCAAUUCUUCCGUGAGACUUCAUGCGACAUUAGAGAUAUUCCGGAAGAUACUAAGGAGGGUCUCAAAACAUUGCCAGUCAAGCUUGGCAAACAGAACACGAUACUACUCCUGGCUACGGUAGGCGUUCUAGCCGAAUCGAUCCUCACCCACGGUAUCGACAUAACAACGACAGGAAUUAUCGUGAAAGCUCCACUUAUUGCCCGUGCUUUCUUACGAGUUGGUCUGACAAUGGCGGCGUAUUGGCAAGUCUUAAGGUUCCCUAGGCAAAACUCAUGGGCUUGGGGAUCUAUGUCGCUUCUGGGAUUGACUCCAGUGUUAUUUGCACAAGCUGCUCUUCGUGACUGA